AUUCACGAAAAUUCAAGCAUAUUCUUUCAUUUAUUAAAUCCCCAUUUUUCUCAGAAAUUCCCCAUUUUUUUAUUUUUAUUUUUUCUUCUCGAAACAAAAAGAUCCCAUCUUUCUUUUGUUUUAAUAAUCAAUUUCUUACAGGGCAAACGAGGUUGGUAUUUUGAACACAUCCCCACUAGAGGAGACGCAGACACGAACCAAAAGAAAAAAGAAAAAAAAAAGGUUUGUGUCUCCUCUUACACGGAUUACGAAAACGCUCUUAAAGACAAAAAAAAAACAAACAAAAAGAUGGAAUUCGAAAGCAGCAGCUGGAUAAAAGACGGGGGUUAUUUCUACCCGCAUCUCUUUGGUGGUAUUAUGAUUACAUGUGCACUGCUCAGUUUCUCCACAAGCUACUUCGGUAUAAUUGGUGUGCCACCAAUGCAUUACCUUUUUCCCGACUUGAGGGUUUUUCAUAAGAAGAAAUCUGCCAAGAAACGCGUUCGUGUGUAUAUGGAUGGAUGUUUUGAUUUGAUGCACUACGGGCAUGCUAAUGCACUUAGACAAGCAAAGGCGUUGGGCGACGAAUUGGUUGUCGGUGUUGUAAGUGACGAGGAGAUCAUAGCCAAUAAAGGCCCUCCAGUUUUAUCGAUGCCAGAGAGGCUGGCCCUUGUUAGUGGGUUAAAAUGGGUGGACGAAGUAAUUCCAAAUGCUCCCUAUGAAAUUACCGAAGAAUUUAUGAAUCGACUUUUUAAAGAGCAUAAAAUUGACUAUAUUAUACAUGGUGACGAUCCAUGCUUACUUCCCGACGGAACCGAUGCUUAUGCUCUAGCAAAGAAAGUUGGUCGCUACAAACAGAUUAAACGCACUGAAGGUGUCUCCAGUACAGAUAUUGUAGGAAGGAUUCUUUCCUGUAUCGAAGAUGUAAAAGAUGACAAAGUAUCUCAAGUUGGCGAAUUUGAUAACUUAAGCAAUAAACCUUUAGUUAACGGUGGCCAUGUAUCUCAUUUCUUACCUACUUCUAGAAGAAUUGUGCAAUUUUCGAAUGGCAAGGGACCUGGACCAAAUUCUCGUGUUGUUUACAUUGAUGGCGCUUUUGAUAUUUUUCACGCUGGACAUGUGGAGAUUCUAAAGAGUGCCAGACAACUCGGAGAUUUUCUUCUUGUUGGUGUUUACGCUGAUCACACUGUUAGUGAGCUUCGAGGUAGUCAUUUCCCACUUAUGAAUCUCCAUGAACGAAGCCUUAGUGUGCUGGCAUGCCGUUAUGUUGAUGAGGUCAUCAUUGGUGCACCUUGGGAAGUUACUAAAGAUAUGAUCACAACUUUUAACAUAUCGUUGGUCGUCCACGGUACAAUUUCAGAGAACAACCCUUUCUUGAAUGGAAAGUCGGAUCCCUAUGCACUCCCCAAAAGUACAGGAAUUUUUCAAAUGCUCGAUAGCCCAAAAGAUAUUACGAGCACUUCCAUAGCUCGUAGGAUUAUUGCUAAUCAUGAGAUUUAUGAGAAACGAAACGCCAAGAAAGAAGCAAGCGAAAAGAAAUAUUAUGCAGAAAAGAAAUACGUAUCGGCGGACUAAACGAAAAAAUUUGGUACUAGAAAAUUUUGAGAUAUGUUUACUUGAGGUGAGUGACAUAAUUCAAGGGCGAUUCAAUCCCUGUAUUUUUAUUUAUUUAUUUUAUUUUUUAGAAAUCCGUGGAGAAGCAGAAGGCGACGUAGAAAAAAAAAAUAACAAUGUAAGAACAAUGUAGGCUGUAGAUUGGUUGUAGCAAUUUUACUUUUUCGGUAUUACAGUUAAAUGUUUGAUUGUUAGCUAUAUAGCUAGCUAAACGCGGUAGAAGUUUUACGGUUUUUUCUUGUAAAUUUGCC